CUAAGCAGUACGCACACUGGGCUAGAUCUUCCGGAGUCUGUCCCUCGCACCUUCCACGGCCGAGGUAUCUCAUUGCUAUUGUUUUGCCACCCAUACUCUUCCCGCAACCACUCAAUCCUCUACCUUCAACGCCUUGAUUCUCUACCCCCAACGCCUCCGUUCUCUAUCCGCUACAAAUCUUUCUCCCUGUUAUUCGAUCCUCUUCAUUCUUGCAAUCACAUCACCUACACCAUGGAUAGCUUAUCCCGGAUUGAGGGCAACCCCGCUCAACUAACGCCACAGGAGCUCAUAGAAAUAUUGAUUUCGCAGCGCAUCGAUCGGUGGACGACCAAACAGAAACCAAUCACCGACAGGGAGCGCGCGGCACAAAUCGCAGUCAUGUCCUCGGACUACGAUUCUCUCCCGCGGGAAGGACCUGGAUGCCUGAUGUCAGACCACAAGGGCGGAUACGUCUACAUCCCGUAUGACGAGAGCAGGGAAGGCCUGCCGCCCGACCUCGAGGAUCGUAUCAACAAGCUCGACCACUGGUUCAAAGAUCCCGCCAAUAUCCCGACGUUGCGCCAGAUGGAUCAGAUAUUGGAGAGGGAGGUCGACGACAAGUGUUUUUGGGAGUUCCUGGAUGGCGGCAGCGCCUCGCGCAUCGACUUCCAUGGAAAGAUCAAGAUGCUCGCCAAGUCCCGCCUCUCGGAGUCAGGUUUCGACGUCUCCCCCAACAACCCACGUCACCCGAAAUUCAGGUUGGCAAUCGCCGACAUUACCGAGUUUGGCCGCGUCAAGAUGAAAUUGCUGAACUUGAACUGGCAUGGUACGGAAAGCCAAGUCGUCAAGGCGCUGGAGACCUUUUCAAACCCCCAGUUCCGCUACGAGGCGGUUCUAGGGAGACUCCUGAAGGACCUCGAUACCAUCCACCACCCAAAAGACCUCGCCCAGAAAGCCCAGUCUCUUGCCGAAAAGUUCAAGUCCGAGCCACCCAUCACGAACGUGCCAGAAUGGAAGUACUUGCUCUGCGACGAGCACGAGCUUUCCACGCCUCUGGAGGAUGGGGAAUGGAAACUCUUGAAGAAGUCGCCGAACGUCAUUAAGAUGAUGAAGCGCGAGAGCAGGGACGCAAGCAAGCUGGUGAUUAUCAUCCGGUCUUCGCUGCUAGAACACUACAACCGCUGCAGAGCGGUCUUCCGCCUCCAGCAGCACCAGAUGAAGCACUACCAGGAAAUUGAGCCGGCUCUCGAGAAACCGUACUUCAGCGGAGGCUAGGUGUCUUCCCUCGAGUACGCCUGGCAUUACGGAGUCUCCGCUCUCGGCGUCACAUGCCCGGUCAAGACUUAGUCGCGUUCUCUCUGCUUUAUAGGAAUAGGCGUCUGGUUUUCUUGAGUGGGCGUUUUAGGGAUUAGGUGC